CCUGCCCGCGCCGUCGGGGUCGACUUGUUGUGGCAAUCUACAUCGCGCGCUAUCUCGCUCUGUUAACCGCGGAGGACAGAGACGCAGCGAUACGCGUCGGCCGCUAUCGGCGAUCGUGCCGUUCGCGUCGGGUGCAAAUCGGCUCCCAAGUUAGUAGGCCGCGACACCCAGUCGGAAUGGACGCUAAGUUUGACGUUCGAAUGUUCACACUCGACCCCAACGCGAUCAGAGACCUCUUGAAAAUGUACAAAAACUAUCCUUGUCUAUGGGACCAAACCGACUUGUUAUACUGCAACAAAGACGCAAGGAAAGAAGCGUACGAAGCGAUAUUAAAAAAAAUGAAAACUUAUCACGAAGAUAUAACAAUGGACAUUUGUAAGAGGAAGCUUGAGAACAUGAGAGCGACAUACAAACGGGAAGUUAGGAGGAUGAUGGCAGCGACGCAAAGAGGCGACAGCUACCGUACCACACUGUGGUACUUCGAUUUAUUCUCGUUCAUCGACGGCGGUACGGUGGUAUCUCGUAACUAUAAAGAAUCCAGAGAUGGUGCUGAUGAUGAUGACAAUGACGAAACCCAACCGGACAUUGACAAUGAUGAGCCACAUGCCGAACCGGAAUUUUCCCCAUAUUACGCUGAAUAUUUAGAUGAAGAACCAACAUCAAAAAAGAGCAAAAAAUCAGACAGUUACAUAUCGAAAAGAGUAAAAGAAGAAGAGACUAAUCCAAAUAUAUCUGGAGUUUUUUUAACCGGCCCUGAUCCCGAGGAACCUAUUGUAUUUAAUGAAAUAAAUGAGGCAGUUGCAUUCGGCAGGGCAGUUGGACUGCAACUGAAGGAAUUGGACGGGUUACAAAGAGUCAUAGCUGAGAAAUUGAUCUCCGACACGAUCUUCCACGCUAGGCUGAACAAAUUGACUACAAACUCAACGAUACACUUAAAUUCCGACUUUGGCAAUAUUUAGCUUUUAUCAAAUACAUAUUAAAUACUUAGGUACUGUUACAAA